GUCGCACUCUCUCGGUCACUGGAGUAGCGCCGCGCCGGUCGCGACGGUCAUCUGCGCCUCGCCGUCAAUCAAAACUGACGAAACGAAGACCCAAAACGACGACAAGUACGAAAGUAACGAAGAUUCGCUCAAGUCGCUCGCGUUGCACACACGUAAGUCAAGUGCGGUUUGACUUAAGUAAGGAACGCGCGACGAGCCGCGACCUAUUCGGUUGGCACUCGUCGUCAAAGUCGCGUGCGAAACUCUUUAAAACAUGUGAAGCUCAAAUGUUAAGUGACUUAAGUGACAUUAUGGGGAAUUGAAGAAAUUAACGGAUUUUGAAACUAAUUUUUGUUUUGCUUUGAGAUAUCAAUCAAUGUUGACAAUCACCGUUAAUUGUUUUGUAUUUGUUCAUCGGGUUUUAAAGUUACAGUAACCAAAUUUUCGGCAGCAACAAAGUUGCAACAUUUGGCGCAGAAUAAAGUUUGAUGUGGACUUGAACGUGUAUAUUCGAAACAGGUGCGAUGGAAGUUAAGUUUUACAAGUUCUUUGCGAACGCGAAAAAAGUGAAAAACUAAAGUGACUUUCAAAGCAAUUUGACUUAAAGUUUUUGAAAUUUUAAGCACGCGUGACUGUCGAUAAAAUUAAAGUGUACGACUUUUAUGUGGUGCUAAAAUAUCAUCGGAGUCGGUCCCAGCUGGAAUCUCUAUCGUAAGAAAAUAGCGCUCAAGAUAAGUUGAUUUAACACGUGAAAAUGUACAGUGGAAAACUGAAACCUUGGUUUUAUGGCACAAUACUUUUAUUUUUGCUUGUAAAUACUCCAAUAAUUGUCAAAUCGCAUUCGGUGCACAAAAAAUUACCAAAUAUUCAAGAAGAAGACAAAUCAACGAAUCAUGCACAUUCAAGACAAAAACGUUUAUUAUGGAUAACAUCAGAUGGCAGGUUGGCAUUACCACCGGGAACUACGCUUGUCAUCACGCCAUCUUUAUCGCUGCCGUUUGUGCGCUAUCCACCAGAUGGCUUCUUCUCAAAUAUGACAAUAAGUCUUCCAUUUACAAUUGAUUUUAAUAAACUAGGUUUAACUGACAAUGAAAAUCCCUACGGUGUUCUGCCACCGAUAUUUGCUCGAUCAAUGGGUAGAGCAGCAGGCAACAUGUUGGGAGAGUACGUUAUGAAAAUGUUAGAGAGCGCUACUGGUACAACAAGCACUGCUAGUCCGACUGGUAGCACAGAUACAAGGCGUAAACGUUCAACAGAAACGCCUACCCUGAGUGAAAAGCAAAAGGAUAUGUUUCAUGGCGGCGAACGCGCUUUAUUAUACGUUGCCGCACAGGAAUUCAUCCAAAACUUUGGUCUUGAUGGCAAAGCUUGUCUUUUACGAGCGAUUUGUGAAGUGCAAGCGCAUCCGAUGAAUAAUUUUGGUUUGUUUGGGGAAAUGUUGAAGUUAUUUCUAACUGCAAGUAAAUCACCAUAUUCUGUUCUAAUGAAGGAGUAUGUUGAUGCAGAAGAAGCAGGAAAUGGAAAAUCAGGCCCAGCUGAGUGUUGGCCGUAUUUAAAAGAUUGUCCAAAGAGUUUAUUUGUGCAGAAUCACAAUAAAUAUAGCAAAAACCAAGAAAUGGAUGAUACAGAAGUCCAAGAUGGCGAUGAGGUCGCCAUUUUAAACAAUGAAGUUACCUACGAUCCGAAUCACGUCAGCGAAUAAUAACAUUAUGGAUUAGUAUUAAUAUACACACGCUGAUUUUAGUCAUAACCUUAAAUUUUAUUUGUGUAAUUAUAAUUUUAAGCCGUGCAAAGAUAGUCGUAUUGUUUAUUUAUUGAGAAUGGCUGCACACGUGUUUGGAAAGUCAUUUUAUGUGUUAUAUUUAUUUCGAAAAUUAAAACAUAUCCAGUCUUAA